AUUUCAUCAUCUUUCCGUCUCCUAUCUGCAACAAUUUUCUUCCCUUUCUGCCCUCCACUUCUUCUCUAACUUCCCACUGGGCUCAGCUGCAGCGACAAUGUCAGUGGCUACUGAAAAACCCGGGGAGGAAACCCGGUCCAUACUCGCUCCGACGGGGAACCGGGUCCGGGUUUUUGAAGAACAGAGGGGAAAGGAAGAGAUGAGGAAGAAGUCCGGCGAGAAGCCUAAGAAAGUAGCUUCGAAGUCACCGGCGGAGGCUGCGGCGACAGCUUUUGCGAGGUGCAAUAUAUCAGCUGAUAGCUCUUCGGACUCUUCUUCCUCCUCUUCUUCGUCUUCCAGGGGCUCAAACGUAAAAUCUGGAAAAAGUAUGGGCUCGAGGAGAAUUAAAAAUAGUAAUGGGGUUGUUAAAGCUGCGAAAGUUGUUCCAGCUGGAGUCGAAGCUCUGACGCUCUCCCCUGCGGUGCCGCUAAUUGUUAAGCGUUGCGAUUGGAUCACCCCCAAUUCUGAACAACUAUAUACUUCUUUUCAUGAUGAGGAAUGGGGAGUCCCAGUUCAUGAUGAUAUCAAGUUAUUUGAGCUUCUGGUUUUCUCACAAGCAUUGGCAGAACUCUCCUGGCCCGUAAUUCUUAGCAAGAGAUCGAUAUUUAGAAAGUUCUUUAAUGACUUUGAUCCAACAUCAGUAGCAAAUAUUGACGAUGAGAGAUUACUGUCGAUGAGAGUGCAUGGAAGCACAUUGCUCUCUGAACCAAAACUUCGUGCGAUUGUCGAUAACGCUAAGCAGCUGCAGAAGAUCCAGCAAGAGUUUGGUUCCUUCAAUAACUACUGCUGGCGAUUCGUGAACCAUAAACCAAUAAAAAGUGGGUUUCGCUACGCACGUCAAGUACCAGCUAAAACGCCAAAAUCGGAACUCAUAAGCAAGGAUCUGAUUCAAAGAGGCUUCCGCUGCGUAGGACCAACAGUAGUUUAUUCAUUUAUGCAAGUGGCUGGUUUAGUAAAUGAUCAUCUCGUCACAUGCUUCAGAUACAACGAAUGCAGCCAUUGUCCUGCAAAAGAUCCAAGACCUCAGCUUGACAAGAGAGAAGAAGCACCUCCUCGAGAUGCUGUGGAGGAGAAAUGCACAUCCGAUAACUCAUGUCCUGAAUCUAAACCUAGUACUUGACCGAAGCUUGUUCAAAACUGGUCAUUUUUGGUGACUUGCAGGACUUCGAGUUUCAAGACAUCACACCCAUUUCUUGUGAUAGAACUCGUAAAUGAGAUCCAUACGCAGAAGGGUGCACUUAUUACAAGACUUUUGAGUCCCAAGAUUCACCAACUGAUCAACUUCUAUUUGUCAUCCUCAUCUAACUACUAAUUCUCACCAUAUGAUUUCUAUGUAUGUAAUUGCUUAGAUGUAUUGUUGUGUGUUUUUCGGUUUUGAACA